AUGGCGGCCAGGCAAAAGAAGAUGUGCGCAGCGUCCAACUACCUCAUCUCCACUGACCCGACAAAUCUGUCCAGAGACACAAAUUGUUACUUGGGAAAACUACGGUCUAAUGUUGUGGGAACAAAGUUCACCUUCUAUGACGCGGGAGAAAACCCAGAGAAAACCCCCUUCAGUGACUGCCAGUCGCAGAGGCAUAAGCUGGCAACUAUAUCCUACAAGCAGAAUGUGUUGGGUUUCAAGGGUCCGAGGAAAAUGACGGUGGUUUUCCCCAGAAUGCUCGACAACGACGAAAGAUUGUCCACUCUGCAUGAUACGGAAACUCUUCCGAGCUGCCGCACGAGCAGCAUCACAGAUGAACAGGUGACUCUGAUAAACAAAUCCCCAACCUGGGACGCAGAGAAGGAGAUUUAUCUGCUCAACUUCCACGGGUGCAUCAUUCAGCCCUCUGUCAAAAACUUCCAGCUCAUCCACCCUGAAGACGAAGAUUACAUUGUGAUGCAGUUUGGCCGCGUGACAAACGAUGUCUUCCUCAUGGAAUACACGAACCCCAUGAGUGCUGUGCAGGCCUUCUCCAUCGCCUUGUCGUCUUUUGACAGCAAACUGGCCUGGGCUCCACAUGUGUGACUGGUGAUUUUCGUCUGAUUCAUGUACUUUCUGUCAGAAAUUGAACAGAGACUGCCUCCAAAGGAGUUUGUGGUGCGGCCCUGGCUUCUUUUACUCAACACAUCGCAGAGCGUGUGGCCCUCGGUGCCGUUCGACCCAUCGCAUCGCCGCUCAGUGCUUGUCUGGACCCUGGGAGUGGGACUUCAGUCGAUCUGCGGGGAACUUCAAGGUGUGUUGGAUAAUUCAGAGCUCCAAGUUAGACUUGUGAGUUUACCGUGGUCUCUGCUGGUGAAUCACGGCUGGUCAUGGACAUGAUAUCACCUCUGGAGCGGGGAGGGGCCGGCAGACUGAUUCUCUGUCUCUGGAUUAGGUUAGUAAUCCCACGUGUUCUAAACUACACAAUCAGGGUGUUUCCUGUGAAUGAAGUGUUUACAGAAACUUUUUAAGAAUAAAAAAAAGAUUGCACAGGGGGAAUUCUGUUUCGUGUGUGGAACAUCCAUGAAGCUCACCACUGCUACAUCAAAAAAAACCUGAAUGGGGCCCCUUCUGAGGUGGGAGUGUAUUUGUUAUAUUAUAUUCGUUACGUCCUGCAAUUUAUUACACAUCAGUUAUUUAUUUUAUUUUUCAUUUCCAUGUCAUAAUAUUACACAAAAUGUAUUAAAGUUUUUAUUUUUAUAUUUUACUUUUGACACAGGAGUUUAAGUUGUCAUGUGGAACCUUAAAGUCCGGGCGCCCACUUGGUAUUUAAGAGUGUAUGUUUAUUUUAUAGACGGCACAAUGUCCUGUGUUUCACGUGGCGAUGGGAGUUUCUUUUAUUUUGCCUCGUGUCAGAAUUAAACGCAGACUUCCUCCAAAGAUAUUUAUUCAUCUUAUGGGGGAUUCUUCACAACGCAGACCACGCGCAAACACCGCACCGGUUACAGGAGGAUCCCCCUCCCCCUCCCUCCCCCUAGAGUCUAGGAUCGCCUCUGCAUGUGCACGCAGACAUGAUCUUUUCACUUGAAUCGCGCUACACAUACCUGAGUG